AUGAGUAAGGGGAUCAAGUUUAGUACAGAACGAUAUUCCAAUGUCAGCUCAUCGGACAAGGUUCAAGAGGCAAGUAAGAACGCUCUGCAACAGGCUGGGGUCUUCAUGUCAAUCCUAAUAGAUGCUCAUUGCCACAUCGCGACCAAGACCGCUGGAACGAGCGAUAGGGACCGUGCGUUUAUUCCACAGGACGACGACACUCCCGUAGCGCGAUGUGUGAUGUCCAACAACCAAUUUGAAUGGACCAGACUGGAGAAAGGCGAUCUUCCCAAACACACGCAGCUGGCGUUCGGUGUGCAUCCGUGGUACUGCCAUCUUUUCACGCUGCAAGAAAAUGUGGACCCCAGGGAACACUAUGCGACUGUGUUGGAAUGCAACGACCAACAAAGUCUCGAUGCCAUCAUACAGAAACUGCCCACACCCGCAUUUUUGCCUCAAUACAUAUCGGACAGGUUCGACCGGCGGCGGGUGCGCUGCAUCGGCGAAGUUGGACUCGAUAAAUUGUUCCGACUGCCGGAAAACGGGUUCUACUCCCAAGACUGUCCUGCACGUCUGGGUAACGUUCGAGUCAAGAUGACGCAUCAGAUCGCGGUUUUCCGCGCCAUGUGCGACCUGGCGGCCCGCGAACAACUUCCAGUGUCGCUACACGCCGUCAAAUGUCACGGAAUCAUCUUUGAGCAAUGCCGGCAACUGCUUUUGCCCGCUUCAAACGUGAACGUCUGUUUGCAUUCGUACACUGGGUCCAUCGCGACACUACGAGAUUUUUGGCUUCCGAAAUUCGGCCCCCAACGACUGUUCGUGAGUACCUCGCAAUAUAUCAACUUUAAGGUCGACAAAGACGAUCAACUCGGCACAAAACUGCUCGAAACUGUCCCACUGGAGUGUCUCUUAACCGAAACCGAUUUCGCCGUCGAUACCACGUCUAUGGCCUCCCAGGUUGAAAACCUUCGACUUGUCUUAACCAAAAUACGCGAGCAUUACGAAUUCAAGGACGAUUACGCUGUUCAAGACGUUAUUUGUCGCAAUUUCAGUACGUUUCUUGGAUUGUCUAAUAUAUAG